GCUGAGGUGCGCAUCAGACGCCGAAUCGAAUUAGAAUUGAAUAGUUUUUAAGGCGGAUGAUUCAAGCGUCAAAGUUCGAUCCGUCCUCGAUUACAGAGAGUUUGGAUCACACACUGCCUUGGUUGGAUCUUUGUUGAAAUCAAGGGUUGAAAUCAAAGGGCCUCGUGACUGGUUGUUGCUGAACCAAGGCUGAACCACCAAUUCUCUAUUUUAUCCGGGAGGGAUUUUUUCAUUGUUUCAUACAAAAUGUCACAAGGUAGCAAAGAUAUUAGUAACAAGACAACUGCAACCAUCUUUGACCAGCUGAGGGCUGUGGCUCGCGAUGCUGACCGGGAAAUGGCAGCGCUGCGCCGCGCACGCCACGACCCCAUCAGCCUGGUGCAGCAUGACCCGACCGAGACCCUGCUGGCGCUGAGAGGGGAAAUCAGCUCUCUGCGGCGCGACGUGGACGCGUCUCUGACGGCCGAGCGCCAGGCAUCGGCGACGCUGCACGGUCUGGCCGCCGCCACGGCCGAGUUUGUCGAGCAGCGGCGCGCCGACCUCGCGGCCAUCACCGCCUUCGUGGCGCAGUAUGGCUACGAGCCGCCGCCGCCGCCGCCCGCCGACUCGCCGGCCGCGGAGGCGGACGGACAGACGGAGCCGCCGCCGGCCAUUGGGGAGCCUGCCAGCGCGUGUCGGCAGCGGCCGGCGCCGCUGGACACCCCCGAGGAGGUGCAGCUGAGUGACGUCACCGUGGACAUGUUGCGCGCCCGCACCCCGGGCUGGGGCCGCACGCCGGCCGGCCUCCGAGCGCCGCUCAGCGCCCGCAGAGUGGGCGUCCGCAGCGCUCAGAGAGCGGCCCGCUACGUGCCGUCGCCGGCGCGGCCGCCGCCGCUGACAGCAGAGGACGAUACGUCGGACGCGACGGCGCUGCUCAACUUCCGCUCGAUCCCGCUGCAGCCGGAGGGGCGGCCGUCGCCGGCGGCGCGCCAGCCGCCGCCCGAGUUCGCCGGCGGCGCGCUGCUGGUCACGCCCGGCCUCUGGGUGAAGCGGCGCUCCACGCUGUGCCGGCAGCCGCUGGACUCGGCCAAGAAGCCGGUGCUGCCGCCGGCGCCGAUACUGAAACCUCUGGUCGAGCAGCCGCCGGCCGCCGGCGCGCGCUGGGGCUCCGACAGCUGCGCCGACGACAGCAUGCAGUCACCAGAGCUGUCGGCUGCGACCCGCGCCAUGCUCGCACGCAGAAAGUUCGGCAAAGCGUGAUCGAGGUGCCGAGAAAAAAAGCCUGAUGAUACGCGGAUAAACUUAGAGUUCUUGAAACGUAAGAGGGGAGUGGACAUGAGAGGAUGGCUAAUUUAGAAGAACAGACGAUCAGUGUGAGAUACGCGCUCAGUGCGUAAAUUGGACCAUCAGUGCAAAAUGCGGCACAGUGCGUGGACGAGGACUUCGCUUAAUCACGGCCAAGGCCGGCCUAAGGGAUCCAACGGGAAUGACGUACCGGACGCGAAGUGCGCGAAUGUGACCCUGCUAUAGAUUUCAUCGAAUAUGCUAAUAUGUUGUAGUGCUUCUUGCCCUGUCUCAAUGGCCUGUUUCAGGAGCCAGUCUCCUCGUAACUCGCAUAGCGGCGCGACAGCUGGGCCAAUGCCGUGUUCGGGCUCGACUGAAUGAGCAAGCAGAGGUGCUACUUGAUCGGCGCGAUCUUCCAUUGUCUGUGCUAAUGACCCGUAUUGAUCAUCUGUAAAUAGAUCUGUUGCUUAUUCAUCCCUGGCCAGGGUACUGAUGAGCAGUUAAAUAAACAUGAAUUCAUGUG